GUUAAUUUACACUGCAUAAUACGUCUUUUAUAGCAAAGGUGUAACAGGCUCUCAUGAGAACUUGUUUGCCGUCUCGUCCACAUCAACGAAGCAGUAGGCAUGAUGAACUUACUACACUCCAUGCACCUUUCUGACAAUUGUCAAAUUACGAGCCUUAGCAAUUGUGGUAGGGCUGCCGGCUUCCGCGUGCGCUCCAACCAACGCGUUAUCUCCUCGGCCGCAGCCGGACACACCUCCACCCCUUCUUCGCAACCAUCCAGCCGCCGCCAGCCUCCUUGCACUACCGUACCACCCAUUCCUCAAACCAUCAAUGCCGACAUCGCUACCGCCAGGCGCACCUGGCAACACCACUGCAUCAACUCACCCCUGGUAGACCCCGUCACAAACUCCCGCGUACACGUGUACGGCACCGUACACUACGCCCCACAUGGCGGUCCUGCUGGCCUAGCAGAACUGCAAGACCUCAUCACUUCCGUACAGCCUACCGUGUUAGCCAUCGAACAGCCCUUCGACCUCGCAGCACGUGCUGGGCUGCCCUACCCUGAGCUCAUCCACGAGCUAACCUCACUGCUCCAAACCUCCGACGCCGCCCUCGAGCUCCUCUCCGGACCCGAACCCGACCCGGCCACCGCCAACACCACAGCAAACACCCACAUCACCAGCACCCCUGUCCCCAACGCCUCCGACUCUCCUUUCGCACAACCAACACCGGGAGCGAGUGCGGAUGUGGCGGAGGAGGCCGAAGCGGAGAGGGCUCGCCUGCUAGCCCGCCUGCGCGCGCUGCUGCCGGGCCUGGCGCACCCCGCGCGAGUGGGUCGGGAUCUGCUGGACCCGUACGAGGUGUUUGGGCUGUACGGCGGCUGCGAGUACGUCACCCGGCCGGCGCAGCUGGCGGAGGCGGCGGCGCUGUUCGGGCACCUGCCGGGGCUGGAGGUGGCGGCGGCGGCGCUGGCGGCACAGCAGCGGGGGGUGCAGGUGACCAGUGUGGACGCCCCUCUGCGGCUGCAGGAGCAGUGGGUGGGCCAGCUGGUGGCCGACUGGCGCCUGCAGGAGAGCCAGCUCACGCGCAGCCUGCAGCAGGACCUGGCGCGCGCUCAGGCGCUGCUGCCGCCCGACUACCUGGCCUGGGACACGCAGCUGGCGGAGGCGGUACGGCAACUGGAGGCGGCG